ACGUUCCGUAAACUGUGCCAACCCUGCUUUUUCGCACCGGAAAAACCAACUUCUGUUCCCUUUAAUCUCACGCUUUCCACAUGAACAUCAAAAAAAGUAGCCUCAGUUUCAACGAAAGAACUUGUGCUUGCAAAAGCUCAUCUGGGUUUGCUUGAUCCAAAGUUGUCUACAGUGUUUUUUUACAUGUAAAAAGAGAAGUACUCAGUUGGGAAAGUGACUGGAACUGAAAGACCUCUUCUACUUUUACCACUCGUAGCUUUUUUAUCAGGGCACUUUGAAAGCAUCUUGGUUUCCGUGCUUCAACUUGAUAAUGCAGUCCUUUUCAUGCUCAAUAAUUUGUUUGAUGAGGAAUUUUGAUGUGGUUCUUGGCUAUAUGGUGUGUUGAAGAAAAGAAAGUUGAAGUGGGGGGUGUUACAGGUUAGAUUUUUUGGUUGAUGAUAUGAAUGGGAAGGGUGCUUCAGAUGUGGUGGUUGGGAAGGUGGUGGUGGUUGCUGUUAAGGCAUCAAAAGAGAUACCCAGGAGAGCUUUGGUCUGGGCUUUGACUCAUGUGGUUCAACCAGGGGAUUGCAUUAAGCUAGUGGUGGUCAUCCCUGCUCACUCCACAAGUAAAAGUUCUUGGGGCUUUUCAAGAUUCACCAGUGAUUGCACUAGUGGUAACCGGAAAUCAGGAACCGGGUUAGAUCAGACAGAUGAUAUUUCAGAUUCAUGCUCUAGAAUGUUGCUUCAAAUCCAUGAUGUUUAUGAACCUGAGAAGGUAAAAAUCAGGAUAAAAGUUGUUGCUGGUUCAUCAUGUGGAGUGGUAGCUGCUGAAGCCAAGAAGGCUCAAUCAAACUGGGUUAUAUUGGACAAACAUCUGAAACAUGAGAAGAAAUACUGCAUGGAAGAGUUACAAUGUAAUGUUGUGGUGAUGAAACGAUCUCAGCCAAAGGUUCUUCGUUUGAAUUUGAUUGAAUACCCAGUGAUGCAAACCGAAGUAUGUUGGCCAUUGCCAUUUGUUGGAGAAGAAUCUUCAAAGGACUUCGAGAGCAAAUUUCACCAGCUAGAUAUGUUAAGGGGGCCAUUUGUAACUCCUGCAAGUAGUCCAGAUCAUGAAUCGUCACUGACUGCAACAGAUGUUGGGACAUCAUCAAUAUCAAGCUCAGAUCCAGGGACUUCACCAUUUUUUCUAUCUGGAAUCUAUGGGAGCCAGAAGAAGGAGCAUUUGUUGUUCACUGAAGAAAAUGAAAGUCUUUAUGAAUCUGAAUCUGAUUCAGACAGUGACAAACGGGCAACUUCUUCCACCAGAUCAUAUUUCCAUCCGUGGAUGGAUGAUAAUCUGAGUUCCAGUGGUGAACUUGCAAAAAAUUUGCUGGAUGGCUUCCAAAGAUCCAAAAAUAUAGCUCAAACUUUCACAUACAAAAGUUUGCUGGAGAAUUUAUCCAAAUUAGACCGAGAACGUGAUAUUGGAGUCGUGAACUAUGGAAUUGAUUUGAACUUAAGCAAAAGUGUCAGGAAAGCAAUUUCCUUGUCUACACAUGUCCCUCUUGGUCCUCCUCCACUGUGUUCACUAUGUCGACACAAGGCUCCUGCAUUUGGAAAUCCUCCCAAGUGGUUUACUUAUGCCGAACUGGAACUUGCUACAGAUGGAUUUUCACAAGAAAAUUUCUUGGCUGAAGGUGGAUUUGGUUCUGUUCACCGAGGUGUCUUACCAGAUGGGCUGGUGGUUGCUGUCAAACAACAUAAAUUGGCUAGUUCUCAAGGUGAUCUAGAAUUUUGCUCAGAAGUUGAGGUUUUGAGUUGUGCACAGCAUCGUAAUGUUGUGAUGUUGAUUGGAUUCUGCGUGGAAGAUGGAAGAAGAUUGCUGGUUUAUGAAUAUAUUUGCAAUGGAUCUUUAGAUUCACAUCUUUUUGGACAUUCUCAAGAUCCAUUAAACUGGUCUGCACGUCAAAAAAUUGCUGUUGGAGCAGCUAGAGGACUGAGAUACCUUCAUGAAGAAUGUAGAGUGGGUUGUAUUGUCCAUCGUGAUAUGAGGCCUAACAAUAUCCUCAUAACCCAUGAUUUUGAACCAAUGGUUGGAGAUUUUGGACUGGCAAGGUGGCAGCCAAAUGGAGACGUGGGAGUUGAAACAAGAAUAAUUGGGACAUUUGGGUAUUUGGCUCCAGAAUAUGCUCAAAGUGGCCAGAUCACAGAAAAAGCUGAUGUCUAUUCUUUUGGGGUGGUAUUGGUGGAGCUAGUUACAGGACGGAAAGCUAUUGAUAUAAAACGACCUAAAGGCCAGCAGUGCCUAACUGAAUGGGUGCGUCCACUUCUAGAAAGGCCUGCCAUCCAAGAAAUCCUUGACCCACGCUUAAUGAAUUGCUACUCGGAGCAAGAGGUGCAUAACAUGCUGCAUUGCGCCUCAUCGUGCAUUAGCCGGGAUCCUCAUUCAAGGCCUCGGAUGUCUCAGGUGCUUCGGAUGUUGGAAGGUGACAUAGUCAUGAAUUCAAGCAAUCAAUUUUGAAGUUCUGGCAGUCAUUCUGAAAGCAUACUGGAAACAGGUUGCGCAAGAACAACAUCAGAAGUAGCGAAGAGGCCCUGCAGCUGUCCAGUUUGGUAGAGUGGAAGCAAAGAAGAGCUUUUAUUAGCAGUAUUAAAUUACUUUUAUGUGUUAGUCAAUACUUAUUUAACUUGUGAUCAUAGGUUCUUGGAUGUAUAGUUGUAAGCUGUAACAGCAAAUGUGAAGGUUUGUUCAUCCACCACCAUGUGUCAUAUCCUCCUAAUUCAAUAUUGAAUUUAAUUAUUUAAUUAUUUUUUA